UUCGGCUCGGUAGACGGGUCUGUAUUUACCGUGGCGCAGCGUGCUCGCGCGAAUCUCGUUUUCUGGCGUCGUUCCUCUCGACGUGUCGUCGCCGUGGCCGUGGUCGUGGUCGUUGGAUCUCGUCGUUCCUUUGUACCACACGGGGCACAUGCGCCAUGAAACGUGUCUGACGCGUGUCCGGUCGUCCCCUCGAAGGAGCACGAACUGAGAUCGAUCACCAAGCUGUCGAUGCUCCAAGGACACCAGGACGGUGGUAGUAUUCGAGUGCAGGUGCGCGGACUAGUCGGGUGUUACUUCGUCGCGCGUUUCUCCGAUUACUCUAGUGCUUGUGAACCAUUUGGUUCGAUAUGGAACCAGGAAUUCCGCGACAAGGUUCUAGGACUGCGCCCCGUCGCCCCAACUCGUCGCGUCGAUGAACGACUGUCCGUUGCGUCCAUAGUGAUUGUGUAUCAGUGAGGGGUGUACUUUCUUCUCCGGGGUAACGUGACUGUCUGCUCGGUGUUUCCGUACUGUUACACCGUAUCUUCGCUUUUAAUAGAGCAGAAUUAGCUGCUGGAUUCUCGGAGUGAUUCUUUUUCAGCGAAAUGUGCCCGCGAGGGCGCGCGUUACCCACCCACCAGAUAACGAUUAUCAGUUCUCUCCUGGACUUUUCUUUCAUAUUCGACAUAUAUAAAUAUUGAUACAAGUCCGGGGAAAAGAGCAGCGCGGAGGUGCCAGUGACGUUUUUGAGUGCGGAAAAAAUUGCCGAACAAAGGAAAGUAGAGGGUGAAGCGAGCUUGACGGUGGUGGAGAAAGAAGAAGAGGAGGCAAAAGAAGGGAACCUGCGCAGCGGACGCCAUCUCCGCGUUAUCGGCAAGCGGAUCCCCCGGGACUCCCCCCCAAGCAGCUUCGGCGUCGCGCACCCUCGGCGGGAACUACCCCGCGACAGCAGCCACCCUGAUGGGAGUGUAUGAGGAGCGCGCCCCUCCUACCACCGGCAUGCACUGGCAGCCGGCCAGCUCGCAGGAGCGUGGCAGCGGCUUGGCUGUGGGGCGUCAAGGGGGGCCCGGCAGUGCGGGGGGGCCCGGAGCAGUGGACCAGGCGAGGGACCUAAGUCCCUGCCUCCCUGCGUCUAUGGGCGACGCUGCACGACCUACCACCUUACCGUGCAGUCCUCCUGCCGCCCACCAUCACGGGCCCCAUCAUACACCCCUGCAUCAGACCCACUGUGGAACAAACAACAACUGCUACGACGGACCUACCACCCCCUACGACUCUAGGGAUUAUGAUUCUCCUGGAGGUGGCCAAGAAUACAGGAAUAGCAACAGUAAUUUCGAGAACCCCAGCGACUUGACCAUGCCUCCGCAUACGACGCACCAUCAUCACCAUCAUCACCAUUCGCAUCUGCACCCGCAGACUCACUCUCAGGAGCAACAAACCACGGACCACUUGCACGCUAUCCCAAAGCUGGAGCCACCACCCACUCCUCCCGCACAGUCUGAGGAUGUUCCGGGGGUGGUUUGCGCCGGAUGCGGUCUACGGAUAUCCGACAGGUUUUACUUGCAGGCGGUGGACAGGCGGUGGCACGCGGCCUGCCUUCAAUGCUCCCACUGCCGUCAAGGACUCGAUGGCGAAGUCACCUGCUUCAGCAGAGACGGAAACAUUUACUGCAAGAAGGAUUACUAUCGAAUGUUUGGCAGUAUGAAACGAUGUGCCCGAUGCCACGCAGCGAUCCUGGCCUCGGAGCUGGUGAUGCGAGCCAGAGACUUGGUGUUCCAUGUCCGUUGCUUCUCGUGUGCCGCCUGUGCGGUUCCGCUGACCAAGGGCGAUCACUUCGGGAUGAGGGAUGGCGCAGUGCUCUGUCGAUUGCAUUACGAGAUGGGCGCGGAGUUACACCCGUCCCAGAGUCCUCCGGUUCCGGUUUAUCCGCCCGGUCCGCACUAUCCCGGUCAACCGUUCCCCUCGCCGGAAUUCCUUCACCACCAUCAUCAUCAUCCCUCCCAUCCGUCUCACCCGCAUCACUCGAUGCAUCCUCAGCAUCCCCACAGCCACGUAAGCCCGGUACCGCUUCAACCUUCGACGCCAUCCAUACCCGACGCAGGCUCACCACCCAAGGUACCGUACUUCAAUGGCGCCGCCGUCGUGCCGCCGCCAAGACAGAAGGGUAGGCCUAGGAAGAGGAAACCCAAGGAUCUCGAAGCUAUGACCGCCAACAUAGAUUUGAACGCGGACUACAUAGAUAUGCCCUUCGGUAGAGGAGGACCGGCGACUCCCGGCAUACCUGGUUCUAAUAGUAGAACAAAACGAAUGAGAACGAGUUUCAAGCAUCACCAGUUAAGGACGAUGAAGAGUUACUUCGCGAUCAAUCACAAUCCGGACGCGAAGGAUCUCAAGCAACUUUCCCAGAAAACUGGCUUGCCAAAAAGGGUGUUACAGGUCUGGUUCCAGAACGCCCGCGCAAAAUGGCGGCGCAUGGUGCUGAAGCAGGAGGGGAAGUCGGACAAAUGCGACGGCAGCGUGGACGGCGGUUCCCUUGGCGACCUUGAGCUUUAUGGGAACAGCACCGGAAGCGGUGGACCGCCGAUGAGUCCUCCAUUCAUGCUGGGCGGACCGCACAGUCCAGCGUCCUUGGCGUCCUUGGACUGCGCGUGAUCUCCGAAAUUCCAUUUCCGGGACAGGCCAGCCGAACGAUUCGUAAAACGCCCGCCGUUAACGUGGUCGAGAAUUCGCGAGUUCGAUGCCACGCAACGAAACGAGGGACUGUUUUAUUCGAUUACGUGAAUCCACGACUUUCUUUGUCCUUAAGAACGCGCGAUCAACGACACUGUGAAUAAUUUAUUCGUCGGAACGAGUGGUAUCUCGCGUUUAAAGGGUUCGGUAGGAAGCUGUGCGAAGAAAAAGAAGUUGUUUCGUUCUUGACGAACCGUUUCUUACGAGAUUUUCCCGCAAAUACGUGGAUCUAUUGAUCCAAUACAAUGUAGCUCGCUACGCCUACACGGAACACGGUAACAAUGAUGAGAAACGUGAGACGAGUGAAAGGGUGAAAAUAAGAUUUUCCUAGCAAGGAUGUUCUCCAUGUGGACCGAGCGGCGUUCGAUCUGGGGGAAAAUGGAUGUUGUACAAUAAAGAAGAAUCGAUUAGUUGAACGGUAUAAAAGGUGUAUUUAUUGUAAGCGAGGCAUGAGCGAAGAGAGCUUGAUUUACUACAGUUUUCUGUCACAUUAUGGUGAAUUUCGCGACACAUGUGCACGAACGAUUACACGGAAAUACGUACACACGAAGGGUGCACAUUUCGAUGGGACACGUCGAUGUAGUACACCCGGCUCGGAAGCGUUUGUAAUUAGUUGUCGAUGUCUAUUUAUUGGUUAUAAGCGUUUUGAGGUAAGCCUAGUUAAAGGUUACAAACCUUACCAGUGCUGUGUGAAAAUCCAACGUUUCCAUGAGGUUAGUAGAAGGAGCAUGAACGUAAUACUUUCCUAUUGGUAUUGCGUGUUUAAAUAAAUGAAUGCAUUAAACGAUUAUAUGUACGUACACAAUAAUAUUUCGUAAUCGUUAUCGUUAUGUGAAUCAAGGUGAUGAAGGGUUACGAUUGAGGGAUUCCGUAUCGUUACGAUUAACUCGAUCCAACGCGUCUCGACGAUCAAUAUCAACGACGAACCAUUGACUCAUGUGUUGAAACGCGUGAACGAAGAGUUAUCGAAAUUGAUAAUUAAACAAAGAACUCCAGUGUGUUUCGUGUCGCGCGAAACGUUGGGUUUUAACGUCGAGUAUAUAUAAAUACGAAUAUAUAAAUAUAUAAAUAUAUAUAUUAUUUAUAAAUAAAUUCGGGCGCGUCGAGCGUGAAUUUAACGAGUGUGACUGUAAUUAUUGCUCAAGUAAAGAAUGAGAAGAGGAAGGAAUAAAUCGAAGAAGAAUGAGGGAUAGAAUGAAUUGCCGCUCGCGUCGCGCCCGAACGCGAAUCCUUGGCGUAAAUUUCACGAUAAUUGUUGUAAAUAAAGGACGUUCCUCGAAUUUCUUAAGGCACCGCUAUAGGUUGUAGGGAUUCUAAUUGCAUUCGGUAGCGGUUCUGUUAGGCAAGGUAAUAAUGAUGACGUCGAUUAUUAUUAUUAUCACUCCUAUUAUUAAUACCCCUGUAACGAAUGGAACGAUUGUCUAAUUUUACAAGAUGAUUUUUUCAUUGAAUAUAUUUUGACAAUAUA